CGGCACUGCCAUACAUCAGUUGUCGAGAAAUUCAAACCACGUAAGCACUUUCGACUUCUUAUGUCUCGGAGAUGGAUCAAACAUGGCCAGGAUGGUUCUCCCAUGCUCUGUCCUCUCAGGUACUGAAUGUUUCCCAGCCAUGCCCAGGCCAUCGUUACCUAGGGACUUUCCACUCAUCAUCCGAACUCCACCGCCUGUGCAAGAAACUCGAUACUCUUGUCCCAUACAGAAUCUCCCUUGGUUGCAGUGCCAGCAACUCUUAAGAGCUUUGACAAUGAACAUCUCUAUGCAGACCAGCUGCUCUCUAUCCGCCCCAAGUCUUGUGGGCAGAGAACUGGAUCGCGUUGCCUUACAAAGAACACGACUACUGGAUUACACACCAAUCCUUCAGCAGACAUUUCAGACCCUUUAUCUUCUGAUGCCUGAGAGAGCGACAGACAACCAUGCUUGCAGAGCCACUAGUCUCAUUCAACGCUCGUCUUCCGGGUGUACCAACUCUGAUGCCUUGGAAAUCAUGGUCUUUCUUCUAUCCAAUGGUUUCUGCAACUACUUAGAUGAGGGACCUGACGAGCGAGACAUGAUCAACGAAGCAAUUUUGACCAUGUUUCGGAAUAUCACUGCAUGGAAAUUACUGGUAUCACGCCAAUUGAACACUCUUCCAAUCAGUCUCCAGGCUUUAUUAUGUCAGAUCUUCGAAAAGGCGGUUCUAGCUUCAGACCUUGCUACCAUCGAGUCCCUGGCUUUAGCCGGGAUAGAUGUCGACCUUCCUCUGAAUGGCCUACCUAUACCUCCAUCCGAAAGUUUCAGCCAUCAUUGCCUAAGAGCACUUCAUUGGGCUGUCUAUACGCUCGACAUCACCAUGGUCGAGCUCCUGAUAAACUUUGGAGCGGACAGUCAUUUAGUCGACCUCGAAAUGCUUCAGAUUCUUUGUAUAGCAAAGCCUCGCUCAGCCCGAGUCGUUCGCGAGCCUGAACUCGGGACCAUGACGAUAUGGGUACUUUCUGUGUACCGUUACCAUGAAAAUGACGAUAUCGAAUCCCGCGUCUUGCUAAACGAACUUGGGUCGAGAACUCGUUCUUCCGCUACUGAGCUUAUCCUGGAAUUUUUUGAAACGAAAUUAAAGAGUGCUACCUCACUUGCUCAACUUCUCAUCACUUCUAUCAAAACCAGCAGUAACUCCAUCUUUGAGUGGGUUCUCAAGCACCGAGGCUGCCUCAACUACAUGAAUUAUGUUGGAGAGUCGGUCCUAGGUGUUGCAGCUUCCAGGAACAACUAUUCAUUGUGCAAACGCCUUUUGGAGCUUGGAGCAAUAUCAAACCCUGUUGUCAAUUUCGGUUCUUCCGUUUUCACCACGCCACUUCAAUGCGCCGCGGUCAGUGCCGAUCCAAGACUCAUCAAACUCUUGCUGGAUCACGGUGCCGAUAUCAACUUCUGUCAACCCUUUGCAGGAGAUUAUGCCGAAGGCCCUCGCUGUCUCCGAAGGCGCGGAGUGAGAAUCUCGGAUGCCUAUCACCAUUUCCUGUAUGUUGGCCAACUGGGUAGGACUGCACUUCAAGCAGCAUUGUCUUGCGGUAGUGAAGAAAAUGCCUUGUUCCUGCUCUCCAGCGGAGCAAAGUUACUCGGAGAGGAGCUAGCAAUUUCGAUCCGAGCUCGCCUAGUCUCCUCAACAAGGCAAAUACUUGCCCGUGGACUUUCGCUUAAUGCACCAAGCCUUCCUGAUGAGCUGUCUCCUCUUGAAGCUGCGAUAGUGGUUCGGAACUCUCAUUUGGCUUUACAAAUAAUAGCUUCACUAGACGCAACCAAGUUUUCAACAAGGGCAGUCUAUGCAGCUGUGUAUAUGGCGGAACACACAUUUGACAGGACCCUUUUUCACAAGCUCCUGGAGCUGAGCAAAAUUACCCAAAUUCCGACUAGCGAAGAACAUUGGCUGGGCACAGCGAUGUGUUUCGCAAUGACGCUUGGCAUCGAUGAUGUGGCUGGUCAAAUUCUGGAGACAGGAUUGUGCCCUCAACAUCUUACUUACGGUCUUCCAAGAUGUAUGUGCAAGUUGUUCGAACCCCACUACACACCCUCUGAAGUCUCAAACACUUUGAAACUCUAUGAGAAGCGAUACCUUGAAGUAAUUAACGACAAAGAAGAACCAUUUCUGGUGCAGCCGGCAGCUUUCUAUGCCCUCUUAUCAUCACCUAAUUGCGUCACAAGAUUAUUGCAUCAUGGUCAUCGUUUUGAUAUAGAUUGCUCUAUGGUCUAUAGUAACUCCCGAGCCUUGUCGCUUCUCCCCCUCUUAUCAAGAAGUGAGGCCAUGCUAGACAGGGUUCUUCUGACAAGAGCAAUCCGGGGAAAGUCUGCCGCGAUUGUAGACUGGUACUUCGCAUCUGGAAUCGGAAUUAACACCGUACACUGGUCUCGGAGCGACAGAGGUUGUGGAACACCCCUUGGAGCUGCUGUCAUUACAGGCGACAUCAACCUCUUGGAGACUCUUGUGAGCAUGGGCGCCGAUGUCAAUGAGGACCAUCGGGACUUUGAUUUCAAUCCACCGUUGACAGAGGCAGCUAUUAGGGGUUUCUUUGGCGCUGUGAAAAGAUUGCUGGAAUGGGGUGCAGAUCCAAACAUCCCAGGUGGAAAAUCAUUCACACGAACGGCACUAGAAGGAGCGUCAGAGUUUGGUAGGCUGGACAUCGUCCAGCUUCUCCUUGACUCCGGUGUCUCAACUGAAGAAAACGGUCGUCUCCAGUACAUCAAAGCUGUCGUGUUAGCGCGGGCACGAGGGCGUUCCGCCGUUGAAAGGUUGUUGCGUAACUUUCGACGAUGGAAUAGAGCGGAUCAGGAGCUGUUUGACGAGGCGUGCAACCACCCUGGUCAUUUUUUUAAAGGACUCAUCCCCAUUACUCCCGGCUUGUCAAUUACUUAUAAGUAUAAAGACAGCCCUCAGUUUUAUGACGUGGGAGCCGAUAUGAUCAUGACGCCAGCAAGCGGAACUGGGUGGGAACUAGCGAAGCCCGAUGACCUGACCUUGCCGUCAGAGAUUGAAACGUCGAUCCAAGACAGCAAGGCUGAUAAUCCAGAAAUGUCCUUCGGCGGAGGAACGCUGGACUUGCAAGGCAUUACAGGCACUGCCUGCUCAGAGGCUAAUGGCGCAUUGUGCAUGGCUGAUAUGUGCAGUCUGCACGAUGAUCAAGAUCGGGAGGGUAACGGCGACGACUGGAUGGAGAAGUAUGUUCGUUUCCCAUCGGAGACACCUUCGAUCUAUUGAAACUCUGUUUUGCCUUUGCUCUUAUGCCUCUUAUUCCCCAAUUUGCUUCUGACCUAUUGUUACACGUCUCUUCUCUGAGUUCAGAAACUCUCCGG